GCGCACGCGUGGGCGCGGAGCAUGGCGCUGUACGCAGCGGCGGCGGCUGUGCUGGCCGGCGUGGAGAGUCGCCAGGGUUCCCUCAAGGGGCUGGUGUACGGCAGCAGCUUCCAGAACGUGAAGCAGCUGUACGCGCUGGUGUGCGAGACGCAGCGCUACUCCGCCGUGCUGGACGCAGUGAUCGCCAGCGCCGGCCUCCUCCGCGCCGAGAAGAAGCUGCGUCCGCACCUAGCCAAGGUGCUAGUAUAUGAGUUAUUGCUGGGAAGAGGCUUUAAAGGGCGCGGGGGCCGAUGGAAGCCUUUGCUGGACCGGCACCAGGCAAGGCUGAAGGCCGAGUUGGCCCGGCUCAAGGUUCGCCGAGGUGUGAGCCAGAAUGAGGACCUGUUGGAAGGGGGAUCCAAACCUGGCCCAGCCUCCCAGGUGCCUCGAUUUGUACGAGUGAACACUCUCAAGACCUGCUCUGAGGACGCAGUUGAUUAUUUUAAGAGACAAGGAUUCUCCUACCAGGGUCAGGCUUCCAGCCUCGAGGACAUGAGGGCCCUCAAAGGGAAGUGUUUUCUUCUGGAUUCCUUGCUGCCGGAGUUGCUCGUGUUUCCUGCCCGAACAGAUCUGCAUGAACAUCCACUGUACCAAGCUGGUCACCUCAUCCUACAAGACAAGGCAAGCUGUCUCCCGGCCGUGCUGCUGGCUCCACCUCCAGGUUCCCAUGUCAUCGACGCAUGCGCUGCCCCAGGCAAUAAGACCAGUCACUUGGCUGCUCUUCUGAAGAACCAAGGGAAGAUCUUUGCCUUUGACCUGGAUGCCAAGCGGCUGGCUUCUACGGCUACCCUGCUGGCCCGGGCCGGGGUUUCUUGCUGCGAGCUGGCUGAGCAGGACUUCCUGGAGGUCUUGCCCUCAGACCAGCGUUAUCGUCAGGUCCAGUACAUCUUGCUGGAUCCUUCUUGUAGUGGCUCUGGGAUGCUGACCAGACAGCUGGAGGAGCCCGGGACCAGCGUACCGAGCCAGGAGCGCCUGCGAGCACUGGCUGCCUUCCAGCGGCGGGCGCUGAGCCUCGCGCUCACGUUCCCCGCCCUGCGGCGCCUCGUCUACUCCACGUGCUCCCUCUACCAGGAGGAGAACGAAGACGUGGUGCAAGCCGCCCUGCAGCAGAGCCCAGCAGCCUUCAGGCUGGCUCCUGUCCUCCCCUCCUGGCCACACCGAGGCCUUGGCACUUUUCCAGGUGCUGAGCACUGCCUCCGGGCUUCCCCUGAGACCACUCUCACUGGCGGCUUUUUCAUUGCUGUACUUGAACGGGUAGAGGUGCCAAGCUCCGUCUCACAGGCUGAAGCAUCAGCCCCAGAAGUUACACCCAACCCAGCCCCAAAGAGAAAGAAGAUGGCGAAAGCAACAGCUGCCCCCAGCUCACAGCCUGGCAUGUAGCAGGUGCUUAGAGCCUUGACCCCUCAGAUCCUCCUCUCAAGCUUAGUCUCGGGCCCUCGGCCCCAGGCAGCAGUUUUGUUUGCAAAGGCUCUUUUCAUGGCUGGAGGAGGAAAACCGGUAACCCCGUUUCUCCAUCUGGAAAGAGCAGAUAUCCCUGUGCUGUGGGUCCCUUCCCUGGACUCUGUUCUUGCUGGUGAGACGCACUGCUUCCCACAUAAAUAAAAGGCAGGACAUGGUCUACGAUAGAUCACAGUUUUUUUUAAUAACAUAAGCAAGGAGAACAAUCUCACGUUCAUACUAAAAAUUCCAACUAGACUCACAGGAAUUCAGUCUUUAUUUGUAAUGGAAAGUCCCAGCCUCCCGUCCCUGUCCAGUGCACGUAUGCGUCCACACCCGCACUCACGCUCAGGCUGCGCCAGGACGCCCGCUUCAGGGGGCUCCUGGAUCAACUGUCCUGCCUGUGGAACUGAGGUAAACUAGCUGCGAGUACUAAGCUGAGAGGGGCUACCUUAUGUAAGGUAUAGGCAGAAGCUUGAUUUCUAGACCCGCGCCCCACCCCCCUCCAAUCCUAGCAGGUGUCUGAGGCUCCGGUCCCUGCUCAGCUCCACACACAACAGUUAAGUACUAACAGCUCUCCUUGGGGCUGGGGAGGCGCAGUCCCCUGCCACACAACAUUCACCCUCAUUCACCAAGGGGAGGGGGACUAGUUACAUCUACAUCACAUUAGAAAAUAAGAGUUACAUUUUGUGUUUCCGGAAGGAGCUCUAGUCCCUCAGGAAAGCUGCCUGGGACAGCAUUUGAGCCUCUUCUUCACACAGGCAUAACUUAACUAUACAGCUAAAUUUCUAGUCAAUAGCAUUUAUACUUAACCACCUCAAUGAACCAAGCUUGAAGGAAUUUAAAAGGCAAUUUAGCUUAAA